UUUGGCAAUUAUUCACAUUUGACCUUCAUCAAAUUGCCUUCGAAUAAAAACGAUGACAAAUUUUAUAUAAAAACUGGCUACGGUAUCUGAUUUCCUAUAACUACGCGUUUAUAUACAGGGUACAUUACGAAACCAUUUGCCACCCUAAUUAUAUCAUUAGUGACAUUGUAAUAAUAAUAUUAUCAUAAUAAAUAAUGUAGUAGUGUUUAAGCUAUAUCGCAUUAUGUAUUAUUUAUUUAACGACUAUAGGAAUAAUUAACCCAUUAAAACUAUUUAGUAAUAUUUUUUUGCAACUUUUCCUGUUAGUAAAACUAAUUCCCAAGAAAUACAAAUAAUAUUUACGUGAUUAAGAUAAUGCAUUAUGAUAUCAUUUUUUGACAUCGCCCAUUGUCCAGUUAUUCAUAGUCGAGCAAUAAUGUCGGACGCGGAACAAACUUUGCGCAAUAUUUUGGACAAAGAGCUGGACGAGCGUGGGUUGAAGCCCCGAGAUGUAACAAUCAAAGCUAUUUCCUCAGGUGGAGCCAAUUAUACCUCAAGUCUCUUCCUUGUGGACGUCAAAUCACCUAAGGAAGAUUUGAAAUUAUUUGCCAAAGUUGCUAACUCCACUGGUGCAAUAAGAGACAUAGCCGAAGGCUGGAUGUAUAAAACCGAACGACUGGUAUACACAAAAAUAGCAAAACUUUAUGAGGAUCUACAAGUUCAAAUCCCAGAAGAGGAGAAAUUGAAGUUUCCUAAAUUCUAUGGGUGCAAUAAUGUUUCUGGAAAAGAAACUGUGGUAAUGGAAAAUCUUUUAGCUUCCGGAUAUAACCCAUUUAAUAGACUUAAAUCUUUGGAUUGGCAGCACGGAUCUGCUAGCGUCGAAUACCUUGCUAAAUUCCAUGCUUUAUCGUUUGCUUUGGCGAAAAACUCUCCCGAGGAGUUCGAAAAAUUAUCACACAUGAAGUAUGAAAUAGGGAACCAGGAAUUUGAUGAAGAAACAAUGGGAGCUAUUUGGAAAAAAAUUAUGAACAAUAUGCUUGAAGUUAUUAAAGAUGAUCAGAAGGAAAAAGUUUUAAAAUAUUUCGAAUCUAUGCCCACUAUGAAUACAUAUACUAAACCUAUUGGCAAACCGGUACUUUGUCAUGGAGAUUUCAGAUCUAGCAAUAUACUGUUUAAAACAACGGACGACAAAGUACAAGCGAUUGCAGUGGACUUCCAGACUGUGUACGCAGGUUGUCCGGCCACCGAUCUGGUGUAUCUAAUCUUCCUUGGCUCCGACGAGGAGUUCAGAGCUGAAUACUACGAGAAGUUACUCGACCAUUACUACAACAGUCUGUCCAAGAUGAUGGAAUGGCUUUCUAUCGACUCCACUGAGGUUUAUCCGAGAGAAGAGUUCGAUAGAGACAUGAAAGAGAAUCUACCAUACGCAAUACUCAUCGGUGCCACAAUCCUUCCAACAGUGGUCGUAGAAGAAGACGCUGCACCCGAACUUGGAAACUUUGAUUAUAAUCAAUUCGUAAUAUCACCGAAUGAAAUAUUUGCUAAGAGAUUCCGUGGUAUUGUUAAUGAUUGUAUACGCUGGAAUGUCAUUUAAAUUUACGCUAAUUAACACUCGCCAAAUACAGAAUUGGAUCGUGCAUUUGGGAACAAUAAAUUAGUUUCGUAAAAUAAGUUAUCGCGAUAUAAAGUACGAUUAUUAUAAUUUCAACGUUCGUCUAGACAAAUGUUUGGAAUCAAUUAAUUGGUACUUUGAUUGUUUUAUCGCACGAGUACGAUAUGCGUAGAUUACAAAUGGAAAUAAAAAAUACUUUUUGUAUUAUUAGUUUUAAAAAAGCAGUUAUGUUGUUGCACUGGUUUGCGAUAAAUUACAAUAUGGUAGUCUAUUUUGUACAUAUGUACCAAAACGAAAUAAUAUAUUUACAAUCAU